UCCCCUGUCAAGCCACUCAUUGUGGCAAUAUACAGCGGAGAGAAGUGGCAUCCUGUAUCGGGGAGUGUUAGAACGGCGAUGUUUAAUUCGCACUGACCGAGGUGUAUGGAGGCGAGAUGUAAUUACUUGUAAAUAAUCGCCGAAGGUGCUAAGUGUCCUGAACGUUAAAAAUGACGAUGACAUGGAAGCGGACUGAGGAACAUUCGGCAGUAGCCAUCCAUAAUUUUGCACAUCCAAUCCCGCACGCAAUAUGCUUAACGGUCGGGGAGGUUGUACAAAUAACUGCGGAAUGUGCAGAUUGGUAUUACGGCCGCAGCAAGUUUAAGGGUACAAGUGGAAUUUUUCCAAAAUCCUUCGUACAUAUCCUACAGAAAUCAACGAAUACGGAUAAUUUAGUGCAGGAGAUCACUAGCGUCUUGCGAGAAUGGGGGCAUCAUUGGAAACAUUUAUACAUGACACAUUCCGAGCACUUCAUGGCGAUGCAGCAGCAAAUUCUGGAUGCGAUUGGGUACAGAAGCAAGAUUUUGAGCGGGACUUUGACGGUAGACGAGUUAAAGGAUAUGAAGAGAUUGGCGACGGCGAGGAUAGACACCGGAAAUCAACUGCUGGGCUUGGAUAUGGUCGUUCGGGACGAGCAUGGAAAUAUUCUGAAUCCCAUGGAGACGAGCACCAUCCAGCUGUACUACCACCACGAGACUGCUGCGGAAAGGAUAAGGAAAGCGUGCAAUGAAACCAAGAAGAAGCCCUAUAAGCCACAAGUACCUGUGUAUUCACAUAUCUUCUUCGUCAGCGUGAGAAAUUUUGUAUGUAAGAUGGCGGAGGACGUAGAGCUGCUGUUGACGUUGUAUGACGGCAGAGAGAUGAAGGCUAUCACGGAGAAUUAUGUGGUGUCGUGGAGCAAAGAGGGUCUCGCUCGUGACAUCGAUCAGUUGCACAAUCUUAGAGUGUUGUUCACGGAUCUCGGUUCCAGAGAUUUGACGCGGGACAAAGUUUACUUAGCCUGUUACGUGAUUAGAAUAGGCGGUAUGGAAGCCAAAGAACCGGAUCACCGUCGCUCGAGUGUCGCGCAAGUCAAUCAAGUCAAGACCAAGAGCGCGGAAAUUAUGAGGCGACCGUUCGGUGUAGCCGCGAUGGAUAUUACCUUAUUCAUCACCGGCAAGCUCGAGGGUGAUGUUGAGCAACAUCAUUUUAUACCCUUUGUGCAUUGUGAGAAAGACAGUCUCGAUGGCACAUUACGUAGAAUUAUUGCGCAGAAAGAGGCAAAUAUCCAGAAACAUGUCAACGGUAACAUUGCCAGUGUCACAGGUGGACAAGGAUUGUGGACUAGCUUGAAACUGUUAAGGGGCGAUCCCAAACAGGUGCGUGAUGAAAAUCCACAUUUGGUACUCGGUAAUGUUGCUAUCGCGCGUAAAAUGGGAUUCCCAGAAGUUAUUUUGCCGGGUGACGUACGCAACGAUCUGUAUCUAACGUUAAUUAGCGGUGAAUUCAGCAAAGGCUCCAAAUCUACGGACAAAAAUGUAGAAGUAACGGUUAAAGUGUGCAAUGAACAUGGCGUAGCGAUACCCGGAGUUAUGACAUUAGGAGGCGGCGCGUCUCCAAUUGACGAAUACCGUAGCGUUAUUUAUUAUCACGAAGACAAGCCUAGAUGGUGCGAAACGUUUAAGAUUGCCAUACCUAUAGAGGAAUUUAAGCAGGCCCACUUAAAGUUUACGUUUAAGCAUCGCAGUUCGAACGAAGCGAAAGAUAAGUCUGAGAAGCCGUUUGCUUUAAGUUACGUCCGAUUAAUGCAACGCAAUGGAACAACUCUACAAGACAUACAACACGAAUUGUUGGUUUACAAAUUGGAACAGAAGAAGUACGAGGAGAGCGAUAUAUCCUACUUUAAAUUGCCAUCAACACGUGGAGAAUUGGCUGAAUUGAAUAUGGAGAAGAAGCCAAGUUUAGGAUCGCUAACAUUAAGCAGUAAGGAUAGCUUUUUAAUAGCGACCAACAUUUGCUCAACUAAAUUAACCCAGAAUGUAGACUUAUUAGGUUUACUUAAUUGGGCGUCACACAAUACGGACUUAAAGGAAUCUUUAGCUGCUUUAAUGAAAGUUGACGGGGAGGAAAUAGUGAAGUUUCUGCAGGAUGUUUUGGAUGCUUUAUUUAACAUCUUAAUGAGUAAUUCGGACAGUGAUGUCUACGACGACAUGGUCUUUGAGUGCCUUUUAUAUAUCAUCGGACUCGUGUCCGAUAGAAAGUAUCAGCACUUCCAACCAGUAUUAGAUUUAUAUAUUUCUGAAAGUUUUUCUGCAACUCUCGCCUAUAAGAAAUUAAUUGCGGUACUAUGCAAACGUAUAGACAGCGUCAGCAAUGGCGACGGUCAGGAACGAGAUUUAUUGCUUAAGACAAUGAAAAGUCUGCAGUACUGCAUGAGAUUUAUUGUCGAAUCUCGUCUUUUAUUUACUGAGCUAAAUCAGGAUGAAGAAGAAUUCUCACAAACCUUAACUGAUCUAUUACGAUCUAUCGUUAAUCUCAUGAGUCACGAAACAGAUGGUACUCUGUUGGUUCAAGGCGCCUGCCUAAAGUACCUACCGACAACGAUUCCUCAUUUAUUGAGAGUUUAUAGCGGCAAGCAGCUGAGCACGAUUUUAACGGAUUUACUUGUGACUCUACCGAUGGGUAGAUUAACCAAACAAAAAAUGAUGACAGUGAACGACAUCGUUCACAGUCCGCUUUUUUUGAACGUGGACUGUAGGGCGAUUCUAUUGCCACGAAUUACUAUACUUGUGAGAGACUUAUUGGAAGCCAAAGAGGAGGGGCUAUCGAGUACGCCUGGAAAGAGCGUGGCGAAGGUAGCCAGGCUGCUCGGCGAAAAUCGGCAUCGACUCAACCAACAUCGCGGCUACUCCGAAGAGGUGGAAUUAUGCGUCAAGAUAUUAUCUGACAUCCUGGAACUGACUUUUAGAAAAGACGUAGGUAACACAGUUUCAGACGUCAAGGAGAUAAUGUUAACGGCCUUGCGUACCAUUAUACAGACGGUUAUAUCAAUGGACAGAGAAAAUCCCUUAGUUGGAAAUUUAGUCUCAGUAAUGCUGGCAAUAUUCAGACAAAUGACACAACACCAUUACGAAGUGUAUAUCAAUCAUUUUGGGACAAAAAUUGAUUUGCUCGACUUUCUUAUGGAGAUACUGUUAGUUUUUAAAGAUCUGGUUUCCAAAAGCGUAUUUCCAGGGGACUGGAGUGAAAUGAUCAUGCUUCAGAAUAACAUAAUUUUAAAUUCUUUACGGUACUUCUCGGCCACAAUUAGAGAUUAUUUUUUCACCGAGUUUGAGCAACAAGCGUGGUCAAAUUUCUUUCAUUGCGCUAUUGCGUUCUUAACUCAACCUGCCCUACAACUGGAGACGUUUACAUCAACAAAACGAAAUCGUAUUAUUAAGCGCUACAAAGAUAUGCGCAGAGCAACCGUGUUCGAAAUUAGAUCUAUGUGGUUCAACUUGGGCCAACACAAAAUACUGUUUGUGCCCGCUUUAGUUGGUGCCAUCCUUGAAAUGGCAUUAAUACCCGAUACCGAAUUAAGAAAGGCUACAAUACCCAUCUUUUUCGACAUGAUGCAAUGCGAAUAUUAUAGUUCACGUAUAGUGGAAGGAUAUGGGGAUACUAAGCGCGAUCCUGCUCAUAUCAAAGCUAAUUUUGCAGAAUAUGAAAACGAAAUGAUUGCAAAAUUGGACAUUCUGGUCGAAGGAGGCAGAGGCGACGAACAGUUUCGUAUACUUUGGUCUGACGUUAUGGGCUCUUUAUGCGAAAAGCAUUCUACAAUGCGGGAGCAAGGCUUACGUUUCGUAGACACUAUAGCUAGACUCAUGGAACGCUUAUUGCAAUAUCGCGAUAUUAUUCACGCGGAAUCCCAAGAACAUCGUAUGCCGUGCUCUGUAUGUUUAUUGGAAUUCUAUUCUGAGAUUAAUAGAAAGGAAAUGUAUAUCAGAUAUGUGAACAAGCUGUGUGAAUUACAUCUGGAAUGCGACAACUAUACAGAAGCCGCUUAUUCUUUAAAGCUUCACAGCCACUUAUUAGCAUGGAGUGAUCAGCCUUUGUCACCCUUGUUAAUAUCACACAGAUAUCCCUUAUGUCAAACACACCGUGAAUUGAAAGAGGCCUUGUACAAUGAUAUCAUCGAUUAUUUUGACAAAGGAAGAAUGUGGGAGUGCGCGCUUGUCGUUUGCAAGGAACUAGUCUCGCAAUACGAAGAAGAAACAUUUGAUUAUUUGCAAUUGUCUCUGCUAUUAAUACGUAUGGCAAAGUUUUAUGACUGUAUAGUAAAACAGUUAAGACCUGAACCAGAGUAUUUCAGAGUCGCGUAUUACGGCAAAGGACAUCCUGCUUUUCUUCAAAACAAGGUAUUUGUUUAUCGAGGAAAGGAAUACGAACGACUUAGCGAUUUUUGCACAAGAACACUGAAUCAGCUACCGAAUGCAGAGCAAAUGAAUAAAUUGUCUCCGCCCACCACAGAAAUGCUAGAAUCGUACCAUCAGUAUGUACAAAUCAAUAAGGUAGAACCACUGAUGGAUGAAAAGAGGCACCGUCUAAGUGGUAAACCAGUUACUGCAGAAGCAGUUUUAAGAUAUCAUCGUGUGAAUGAUGUGCAGCGCUUUAGAUUUUCAAGACCCGCUCCGAGAAAGGAAAUCAUUGCGGCAAAUAGCGAUAAGGAUAAAGAAGUAAAUACUAGCACCAAUAACAGCAAUGAGUUCGCCUCAUUAUGGCUGGAAAGAACAGUGCUUGUUACAAGCUACCCGUUGCCGGGUAUUCUUCGAUGGUUCCCUGUGACGUCUAGCGAGACAUACUUAGUCAGUCCAUUGAGGAAUGCGAUUGAAACUAUGGAGGCUACGAACAUGGCAUUGAGGGAUCUCAUUAUUGCUAACAAGGGUGAUCCCAGUCUUCCAUUAAAUCCUUUGAGCAUGAAAUUGAACGGCAUAUUAGAUCCAGCUGUUAUGGGUGGUAUCGAUAAUUACGAAAAGGCUUUCCUGAACGCAGAAUACAGAGAUAGUCAUCCGGAAGAUAGUUCAGACCUCCUCAAGUUGGAAGGUCUUAUUGCAGAGCAAAUCCCUCUACUCAGUGUAGGUCUGCAGUUACAUAAAACACGAGCGCCCACCGAGUUGGGGCCGUUUCAUCAACGUUUAGAGCAAUGUUUCAUGUCGAUGCGUAAUCAAGUAGAAGCUAAAUAUGGAAAAAGGACCUGCGAUUUACAAAUUGAAAGCCUAACGCAAACUGUAACAAUGCGGAGACCACCAACAUCGAGAGGAGAUAAUCACUGCCUGUCUGAGUCAAAUAUGAAUAAUUCAGACUGUGCAACUCACUACAGGGUAUCCUCACUUACAAGAUCACAAGUUGCAACGUUCAAGUCGCUUACAUCGUUCAAUUUUAACAACAGCACAUCUCCGAGUAAUGCUCAAAGCGUCAAUUUGUCAAGGACCAACUCCAUGCGUUCGCACAUCUUGUCAACGGCCUCUUUGCAAAAGGCAUUGGGAAAUUCGAGCCCGGGAACGUACAAGAAGAAGGACUCGAAGCGUAGAAGCUCGCGAAAGAGCGACUCUGCCACAGUGACGAAAACCGAGCAACCGACCAGCCAGUGGUAUACCACGACCGAAAUAUCCCACAGUUCAAUUCAGCAAACACCAUCGCCUGUUACAUCGUUAAUAUCGAAUUUGCACUCAUCAACGCAUGUAUUCGAGCUUCGACAAGAGCUCACACCUAAACGUCCCCUGAGAUCGGAAGUUGAGAAAGAAAGGAGAAUGAGUAAUCGUUGGUCCGGCCAGUCUCACUAUUUAAGGAACAUCAACAAUGGCCUGGAACCAAGCGGCUUAGGGAAGGGAAACAGAGACAGCGUCGGCACAACCGACAGCACAGCGUCCGAGGACGAUCCACCACCGCCGCUGCCGAUUAAGAUGCGCGAAGCCGAUUAUUGCAAUCUUCCAGAGGAGGUGUCUACGAAUCGGUGUGCGACUACGUUGAAUAAUCUGAACAAGUCUUCGGGACAGUGGAAGAACAAGUUGCCGACGCCCACCGACGACGAUGUGGACAGUCAGGCUAAACCGCCGACACCGCCACCAAAACCGAAAAGACCGAUUCACAAUUUGAACAGGAACGUGCUUGCCACUAACGACGUGGAAAAUUCACCUGUCGAGGAUUCGUCGAUCGCAUAAUCGUAACGUAAAAUUCUGCAGACGCCUCACCGUUGACCACCUUGCCAAGUGUUGUGAACAAAACAAGCGUCCAUCCACGUUUACAAAAAAAAAAAAGAAGCGUUUUCCAUUGAUUUUUGUACGGUCGAUCUUUAGAAAAGAGUUACCAUUUAUUAGAGUUAGCGUUAUAAUAUAUUUCUUUGUGCCUUUCUUUCGCGGUUUAGGAUAAGCCGAAUAAGUAUACGCUAAUUGUAACCAAUCUUUAACGAAUGUGUAUUCUGUACAACAGAAGAUAUUGCUUUAUCUGUACUGGGCGAGCAAUGUCAAUUGACAAAGGAAUCCAAAAAUUAAUGUGGAUUUAAAAGACAUAAUUUUAUAAUUUAUAGCACGCACAUGUGACGAGGACUAUAAUAACGUCGGUAAUCUAAUACUAUAGCAAUGCAUUUGUUGUAUUUCUAUUCUUAUAUAUAGCGAAGCUUUGUGCUAUAUUCAGAAAGAUUCCAGAUUUUUAUAACAUUAUCGAUAAAACGGUGUAAAAAAAAAAAGGAGGGUAUUUGUGCUUAUACAAGAAUGAAAGUUAACUUUUAACAAUCAUUCGAACAAGCACAUUUUUAUCGAAUAUACUUUAAUAUUGCUUCAUUGCAAUUCACAUGCUUGCUGUAAUAUCCAUUACAAUGCGUAGCAUACUACAUAGUAACGUCCAUUUUUUCGAUCAAAGACGUCAUUUCAAUAUGACUUUGGACAUAUAUAUUUAUGGAAAAUAUAUAUUUUUUAUAAAUUUUGAUAUGAAACGUAUACACGCGCAUAGCUUUAAUUGUAAUGAAAAAAACUUUGGAAACCUUUUACAUUUUAUACUAACCAUUUUUGAACGGAUUUGCUAUCAAUAACAUAAUAUCCAUUAAAUGUAAUAAUAACAGUUAAUGUUUUGCAAUUUUUUAUUUGUUACAAUAUUCUAAUUUAUUUUACAAAUUCAAUUUUUAUAACAUAAUUAUGAGAGUAGUUAUAAUUUAAUCGCGACAUGUAGUUAUUUAAAUAUUACCAAGAGCCAUUGUGAUCUAGUGGUAAAACAAUUUAUAUAUGUGUUACAAUGUUUAUGUAAGUCAUUCAUAACUUGUUAACAGCGAGACUGUAGUCUUAUAUGUUGACUUAUUUUUAAAAAAAGCACAAAAACAUAUUGAGAGAUUGUUUACAAAUAUAUUCAAGAAUAAGUAUGCAGCAAAUGAUAAUGCAUAUGCUUUUGCAUAUUUGUUUUUCACCCAAAAUGAAUAAUGUACUUGUAAUGAUUGCAUAAUAGUCGUAAUAGAGUCAUGACAAGCCCAUGACAAGCUGCUUCCUAAUUGAGCACAAAAUCAGAAGUUUAAGUGGACUACAAGGAGCUAUAAUCGUAUAAUUGUAACGACUUUAUAAUCAGGGUACCGACUUGUAUUGCCUUUUAGUUACAGCACGUUCUAAAAACUUAUCUAAUCAGAAACAGCCUUUCAUACACGUUGAUAUACAAGUUAUUUAUUAUUUCGUUUUUUUUUUCAUCAUUAUCAUUUGAGUCUCAUGCCAAAGAGAUUAGUGCUUUAUUUAUUAAAAAGCGUUUAGAGCAUUAUAUGUAUUGCUGAGGAAAAGGAAUAUCGUGUAAUAUAUUGAUAUUUAUGUAAUAUGCACGAGAAGAUCAGCAAAAAAAAUAACGAGCUUGAUAUAGUUUAUUCAUUAUUACACAUAUAAUAAAUUAAUGUAACAAAGAUCUGUAUUCAAAGUUAUUGUUCUUACGUUCAACUUGUUUACUUGUUUUUACGGAGUAAACCUCCAUAAAAGAAAAAUAUAUAUAGCCAUAUGUUUUGAACAGAGCAUUUAUGAAUACAGUUCUUAGCUUUGACAACAAUUUUGUUAUGUAAUCGAAAAAAUUGACAAUACAUUGAGUCUAAAAAUUAAGAAAU